CGCCCAUUCUGCCGAUCGCACACCAGGUGGACCGUGCACCGAGGACAACGCUCGCGAUGCUCGCAACCAUGCUGCUUCGUGGACAUGCCUACUUUAGAGCCGUACAGAUCAGCCAUGUAUGCACAUAUUAAAAUCCAUCCUCACUGCACCACAAAAAUAUGAAGAUGCCGAGUGCUUACGUCUACGGUGACAGGACGUUAUCACAAGCAUCGCGCGACCACUGGGACAUUCUUCGCUUCAGCGCUGCAGCCCCUGCGCUCAGCACCUCUCCCUCCGCCACGUCCCCCGCCCGCAGCUAUGGCCGGCCUACGCAUGAGCGUCGUCAUCUGCGCGACCGCCUUUCUCCUCGGCCUUCUCUUCACCCAUUGGACCGCCGACUCGCUCACGCUCUGGAAGUCGCCCGACACGCAGACGGAUGCACGUCUCUGGGCAGCAGCUGCGUACUAUGCCGUGCUGGCACGCAUGCCAGCGUGGCUCGCCUACAUAUACGCUGGUGUAGCGGCUGUUGGCUCACUCACAAUUUUAUGGAGCCUGCGUGACGGACGCGCCGGGAAUUUGAUGUUUGACGGGGGCAGCAUAUUCCUCUACGGUGCGGCAAUAUACGUCUAUAUAAACGACGUACUCCCAAAUAUCUCCACGAAUUUCACGUUCCUCGUCUUUCCCUCCCAAACUCCGUCCAUCUCCGGGAGCACAUCACAACAUUCCCCAUCAGCGAGCCUACCCCCGUUCCCCGCUUAUCUCCACGAGCCCACAUUCCAGCUCGCGUCAUCGCAUCUCGUCUGCAGCGUCAUGCUCACGGGCGUGAUCCUCCUUCAGGCGGGGAGGUGGUGGGCAGAGCAGGCUGACGAGGAUGGCGACGACGACGACGCUAUGGUUGAGGACGGCGAGGAGCCCACGACGACGCGAGAAGGCACACCGACACCGCCGGAGUCGAAGAAGACGCGGUGACUCGGGGCACCAUAGAGAUGAUGGGACCUCAGGCCAUGCUAUGUUUUGGGACAAAAUUAGGUGAUGCCGCCCAAUGGCUUGCCUGCACGGUUAUGCAUAGGGACGUCCCUUUGCAAGCGCCAUGGAACGCUCGUGCGUACAUACGAAGAGACGUGUAAUCUUACCGCAGGAUCCGUCCCGAAGGUCGCGCACUGCCCACACUCUAUCUGAUGACUGCAAUGCACUUUUGAUUUACUUA